GCAUGCACAUCUGAGCACGUUCAACUCCACCACCUGCCCGGAUGCCUGGGCGUUUCUCUAUCGCAUAUGCAACGCGGGGGCUUCGAAGACAGACCCUGAAGUCGUGAAGCGAUGGAAGGAAGGUGGCCUGCCGAGGCAAAAGCUCAUCAAGGAGUUUGUGGAGAAAUGCUACGUGAAGGGUGAAAGCCAAGCUAGCAACAAGGGCCGCUUGGAAGCGCUGUACAAGCUUCGCCAGACAACCCGUGAGUGGAAAAAGGGAGUCUCUGGGUUCGAGUGGUUGACCGAACGCGAGAUGAGGGAUGAGAAGAAAUGGCCGGAGAGCAAAGUUGCUGGAGCCAUCGCUUUCACGGAGAAGAAGCGCUUGUACAAAAGAUGUUUGUACGAGAAUGUCAGAAAGCAAGGAUAUGAAAAAUUGCGGGAGCUGGAAGAACUGCUGGAAAGCUCAGGUUACUUGCGGGAGGGCUUCGACAUCAACGAGGGAGUGGGUGAUGCCCUUGAGUUAUCUGAUUUUGAGGACAACUCCGAGAAAAAGCCUAAGCCGGCAGGGCGGGGCAGUGGGUUGCCAGAACUCGAAGGCCCAGAAACCCCAGACCAGUUUGUGCAGAAGUACAAGAAGUAUCUUCUCAAUCGCCGAGCUGCUUUCAAAGAAGCCAACGACCGCAUCAAAGCCGAUGGUUGUCGUGGCCAUGAGACCCUCGGAUCAAGCUAUAGGGAAGACCAGCAGUCUCUUUCGGCAACCAUGGGCUCUGUGGUGGCACAUAAAGACAGGAUGGACAUGAUGUUCUUCUGUACUGUAGGCACCUUGAAUGAGAUGUACAAAAACUUGUGCAGCCUGGAGAUCGAGAAGAAGGGCUCGUAG